AUGGCGUUGAAGCUCGACAUGAGCAAGGCUUAUGAUAGGAUUGAGUGGCCUUUUUUGGAAGCUAUGUUAUUGAAAUUGGGUUUUGAUCGAUGGUGGGUUAGACUGAUCAUGAGUUUAGUUACAUCGAUGAAGUAUUGGAUUCAGGCCGGAGGUUGUUCAGUGGGACCUAUUAUUCUUACUCGAGGGAUUCGGCAAAGGGAUCCAUUAUCCCCUUAUCUUUUUAUUAUUUGUGCCGAAGGUUUAUCUGCCCUUAUUAAUAAUUUUAUUCGUAGACAAUUGAUACAUGGGUGUCGAGUUGCUAGAGGCGCACCCAGUAUAUCCCAUAUGUUUUUCGCGGAUGACAGCUAUUUGUAUUGUCGUGCGUUGGAGGAUGAAGCUAUUCAGGUCUUGAGUCUCCUCAAGUGUUUUGAACGUGCUUCAGGCCAGAAGAUCAAUCUCUCUAAAUCCUCUAUUUUUUUCAGCAAAAACACCAAGGAGGAUGUUAAACUUCGGUUGUGUUCCAUCUUGGGUAUGAGGGAGGCCGAUGCCCAUUGCCUAUAUUUGGGACUGCCUAACACGAUGAGUCGCUCUAAGUCUGCUGUGCUUGGCUUUCUCAAGGAUAAAUUGAGGAAAAGGAUAGUGUUUACCGAGAUUUUCGGGAAGCAAGGGUGGAGACUCCACGUUCGGAAAGACUCGUUGGUCAGCUGUGUGUUUAAGGCUCGUUACUAUCCUAAGGGUUCUUUCCUUGGAGCGGAAUUGGGAAAUAAUCCUAGUUUCAUCUGGAAAAGUAUCCAUGCAUUUCAAGAAUUGAUUCGGAAGGGUGGUACAAUGGCUGUUGGUUCAGGAGAAAAUAUUAGUAUUCUGGGAGAUCCUUGGCUCCCGGAUAGUGCUCAACCGUUUGUUCUGUCUAUUCAUCCAUGGUUACAGGGGAAGUUUGUUAACAGCUUAAUGAAGACUGAGCAAAAAGCUUGGGAUGAAGAUGUAAUCAAGGACAUGUUCACGAUACAUGAACAAAAUUUAAUUCUGAAUAUCCCCUUGUUUGAUUCUGUCAUGGAAGACCAUUGGCAAUGGAAGGGUGAACACUCGGGUAUCUACUCAGUCAAGAGUGCCUAUCGCAUUACUCAGGAGUUGAAAAGGGCUGUUCAUAAAGAUAACAAUUCUGGUUUCUGGAGGGAUUUAUGGAAUCUAAAAAUUCCACCCAAAGUGAAGGACCUUAUUUGGAGGGCUGUUUCAAAUUGCCUCCCAAAUCGGUUCCAACUUGGCUAUCGCAAGAUAACCCUCCCUUCUUCUUUAUGUCCAAGAUGUUCGCGAUAUGUGGAAACCAUUCCCCACUGUCUGGUGGGCUGCUCUUUCGCCAUGGCUUGCUGGCGUUCUGCUGGUCUACCAGUUGUUGCAAUAGGGGACAACUCGUUUGGUGGGUGGCUGCAAGAGCGUUUUAAAGAUUGGGGGGAUGAUAUGAGGCAUAUGGCGGUUAUGGCGUGCUGGGCAUUAUGGCAGGUUAGAAAUGAGAAAGUUUGGAAGGGUUCAAAUAGAUCUGUGAAAGAAGUUAUCGCAUUGGCUAGAGGUAAUUUUGAUCAAUGGAGAUAUGCUCAUGAUAGAAUAUUCAUUCCCUCUCUGUUAUUGCGACAUCCAGGGGAAGGGACUGAGCAUUGGUCCGCACCAGGAGAAAACAAGAUCAAAAUCAACGUUGAUGCAGCUGUCUUUCCUGAUCUCAAUAAGUUUGGCUAUGGUUGGGUGGUUAGGGAUGCCUCUGCUACUCUCCUCAGUGCUCAUACAGUUAGCAAAGUUGGGAAUAUUGAUCCUACUCUAGCUGAGGUGAUUGGUGUAAGGGAGGUUCUGAGUUGGAUUAAAGCCACUGGCCUCACUGAUGUAGUUGUCGAGAUAGACAAUUUAGUCACAGUUCAGGCGUGCAGAAAUGAGGUUAAGAUGCAUUCCAAGUUUGGUUUCGGUAUUGAUGAGUGCAGGGCACUAGUCUCUAGUUUACAUAAUGUUUCUUUAUGUUUUGUUAAGCGAUCUACUAAUCGUGUUGCUCACCAUUUGGCUCGAGCCUCAUGUUUGAAUGCUGGUUGCAGUUAUUCGUUAGCUUCGGCGCCGAAUAAUUUGAUUGAUGUAAUUUUGCUUGAUAUGGCUUAA